CUCUCUGUCUCUCCCUCCCUCUCUCCCCCCCCUCCAUUCCUCUCUCUGUCUCCCUUCCUUCUCCCCCAGAAUGUUUCCUGUUCUGCCAGGUAAUGGGCGUGUUACCCAGGAUGACUUGGUGGUUGGCGGUUACUUCAUCCCCAAAGGGACCCAGUUGGCUCUAUGUCACUACUCUACCUCCAUGGACGAGGAGAAUUUCCCCGGGGCUGAUGACUUCCGUCCAGACCGCUGGAUCAGGAAGGACGCUACGGACCGGGUGGAUAACUCGGCUCCAUCCCGUUCGGCUACGGCAUCAGGAGCUGCAUCGGCAGGAGGAUAGCUGAACUGGAGAUGC